AUGGAGCACUCAAUCGCAACCAUGAUGAUCAUAACCUUCAUGUUGGUAGGGUUUGUAAGAUCGGAUCUUGCUAAAGACAGAGAAGAAUGUACGGACCAGCUCUUAGCACUUGCAACGUGUCUUCCUUACGUUGGAGGAGACGCAAAGGCUCCAACAAAAGAUUGUUGUGGAGGGUUUGGUCAAGUUAUAGCAAAGAGUGAGAAGUGUGUUUGCGUAUUGAUCAAAGACAAAGAUGAUCCUCAACUUGGUCUCAAGAUUAACGCAACCCUAGCUGUUCAACUCCCAACCGCAUGUCAUAUAACGGCUCCUAACAUCACCGAUUCGAUUCUGCAUAUACCUCCAAACUCAACAUUGGCUAAAGAGUUUGAGAGCUUAGGAAAGCUUGAAGGAAACACCAAUUCCACAUCUACUUCAAAAAAUCUUAAAGAUGGGCCAGGAGGGAAAGCUGAAUCAGUAAAGAGUAAUGGAGGAAAUAAGAAGAAGAGUUGCCGUCAAAUCUCUUCUUCUCAAUCCAACGCCUUAAAUCUCAACCGUCCAUCUCUCGCCGCCGAUGACGACAUUCACGAUCUUCUCCCACACUACGGAUUCCCAAAAGGUCUUCUUCCGAACAAUAUCAAAUCGUACACUCUCUCCGACGUCGGAGAUUUCACCGUCGACCUAAACUCUCCCUGUUACGUCAAAUUCCCCGAUCAAAUCGUUUUCUACGACGACAAAAUCGCCGGAAAACUAAGUUACGGUUCUGUCAAAGACGUUAAAGGGAUACAAGCUAAAGAAGCUUUCUUUUGGGUACCAAUCACCGCCAUGGAAUCAAAUCCAAGCUCCGGUACGAUUGUCUUCUCCGUCGGAUUCGUCUCCAAGACUUUACCUGCUUCGAUGUUCGACUCUGUACCUUCUUGCUCUAGAAAACAGAGCUUUCAAGAAAACAGAGCUUUUUAUGUGUAA